AUGGCGACCACUACCACAACUUCAACUGCGGCCAAGGCCUUUGGCCCUGCCGCCCCGCCACCAACUGCAACCAAGAUUGUUCCUCGGCCGUGGAACGAGCGCGGUCACGCCGACCACGGCUGGCUGUACACUUACCACACCUUCUCGUUUGCCUCGUACUGGUCGCCGGAGCACGAGUCGUUCGGCCCGCUGCGCGUCAUCAACGAGGACCGGGUGGCGCCCGGCACCGGCUUCGGGACGCACUCGCACGCCGAGUUCCUGAUCUGGAGCUACGUGGUCGGCGGCGAGCUGGAGCACAAGGACUCGAUGGGCAACCUCGAGUACCUGCACCGCGGCGACGUGCAGUUCACCAGCGCCGGCACGGGCAUCCGCCACUCCGAGUACAACCGCAACAACAAGGACGAGGUGCACUUCCUGCAGAUCUGGGCCAAGCCCGCCGUCAGCAGGCUGAAGCCCUCGUACACGACGCGCACCUUCCCGGACGAGCUGAAGCUCAACAAGCUCUGCCGCAUCAUGGAAAGCGUCGACCGCCACUCUGCCAACGACUCCAAGAGCGCGCCCAUUCCGCUGCACGCCGAUCUGAGCAUGAGCGCCUCUCUGCUCGAGCCGGGCAUGAAGGUCCGCCACCAGCUCGUUGCCGACGGCGAGCGCAAGGUCUACUUGCACGUCGUCAUGAAUGGUCGGGAGCAGCCGAAGGAUGGAGGGGCUGCUAUCCGGGUGGGAGAUAGGAUCCUGAGAGAGGGAGACGGUGCCUAUGUUGAAGGGCUAAAGGGCCCGGGAGAGGUUGUGGUGGAAAGCGUAGGAGACAAGAGGGCUGAAUUCCUUCUGUUUGAUAUGGAGCCUUGA